AUGGAUGAGCCCGAAGAUGAGAGAAACCCCAAAAGGCAACGGACGGAGAAGACAUCCUCUCCUAUUGAAGACAUGUUCAGCUCUCUUCUUGGACCCCACACCGAAGAGCCAUUGGCCAAGGCCUCCACUGAAGAUGAGCUGAAUCUGUACCUCACGGAGCCAGUCAUAGACAGGCGUGGAGAUCCUCUCCAGUGGUGGAAACACAACCAAGGGCGUUUUCAGCUUCUUGCCUUACAAGCAAGAAAAUUUCUCUCUCUGCUUUCUGCACCACAAUCUGGUGCUACUGGAUUGGAAAUAUCACUAGAAGCAGAAAGUGCCAACCUGAAAGCUUUCUUCUGCAGUUGUGCCGCAGGUAAAGGAUUCUGCAACCACAUAGUUGCCAUCCUGUACCAGACUGCACACUAUUCACAGCUGGGUCUGCAGGCUGUUCCACCCCCUCUGGCCUGCACAAGUGGCUUGCAAAGAUGGCACAGACCAAGAACACAGGGAAUCCAUCCUGAACCUGUUAGUGAGCUGGUGGUGCAAAAGCCCAAAACAGUGGGCAAGAACGGUCUGAGGUCCACACUGUACAAGGCAUAUACAGGACCACUGCCAGAUCCAAAUAUGAUGGCAUCUGGAGGAAAAUUAUGCCAGGUACCGCCCCAGCCUCUCAUAGCUGUUGUUUUGGACGGGCUUUGUGAGAUGGAGCUGACACCAUCUAAAUUUGGGUCUGUCCCUCAUGGAUCACCCCUGUCCUAUCGCUGUCCACCCAAGAAGUCCAGUGACCUCAUCAUACACCACAUGGCUCCAGAAUUUCCAUCCCUUCCGCUGAUGCAGCACACCUUGCAUUGCACCUUGCAUUUCGUCCCAACACUACUCCAGCAAAUGCAUCUCGAGUCUCUUCAAGUGUCACCAGAGCUGUCCGGCAAGAUAGAAGUAGAAACCCAGCAACAGUCAAUAUGUCCUGCGUGGACACAACUACGGGGACCAAGGCUGACUGCCAGUCAUUUUCGGGAAUCUGCAGCCAUUCACAUGAUCAGAGGCUCCACAGUGCAAACAGCUGCGAUGAAGCGUGGUCUGCUGGUGGAGCAUGACGUGCUGGCAAACUAUGCCGAAUUAAUGCAGUGUAAUGUGUUACCAGCAGGUUUUGUCAUUCACCCUGACGCACCACAUCUCAGGGCCAGUCCAGACGGUCAGGUGUAUGACCCUACAGAGUCGCCUCCCUUUGGCCUGCUUGAGGUGAAGAACAGCACAAAAAACGAUCCCUCUCAGGUUGCUCACCUCAAGGUGCAGGAAGGCCAUGCCAAUCAGUUCUGUCUUCUGUUUUAUUGAAAAUGUUUGUUAUUGUUAUUGAUUGAAUCAGUUUAAUGUUUGUUAUUGUUUUUGUUUGAGUCAGUUGAAUGUUUGUUGUUGACUGAAUCAGUUGUUAUUAAUCAGUUAUUAAUUAGUUCAUUAGAUUAGAUGAAACGUUAUUGUCAUUGUGCAGAGUACAAGCACAAAGACAAUGAAAUGCAGUCUGCUUCUAACCACAAGUGCAAAAAAGCAGAAAAGUGCAAUGUGAUAUACAAAGUAUAGACAGGUGGUGCAUAGGCAGAACAAGAAAUAUAGUGCAGUGUAGACAGAAGGUGGUUUAGAGUAUAAACUAACUAUAAAUAUGUGUUACAUAUACAAAAAAAAAUAAAGGAAGCAUCAUU